UAGUCACAUGGUAUGAGUUUCUAGUUGCUUGUUUUGCACCUGUUGCCGGUAUUCGCGACCAAGUGAAGUAAGGAUAUUUUGGAGUGAAUUUAAAAGCGCUUUUGUUUUUUUUUGCGGUAGCCUGCCUGAUUAAAACAUUCUCUUCACUGAUUACAUAAAAUGAAUCGGAUUCAGCGUGGAGGUAGCCCUCCCGAGGUUACCGGCUAAACAAGGAAGCGUUAAUUUGGCAUUGUCAACUCCACAGUGAUAAGGAAGCCAUUCCACCUAUGGCACCUGUGUCACACUUAACGCUUGUGGUUUAAUCCGGUUUUAACUUUGCAAAUGUGUAAUUUUAGGGACUGUAUAAUUUAGAAUAUUUACUUAUGUUUUGGAUAGUUAAGAGAGCAACAGGUUUGUAUACUUCCUGACUGGAAGUAGCUCAAUAGCAAGCGAAUGCUUUUCCAAUCGAUUUGAUCGCCUGGUAAUAAAAAAAGGCGUCGCUACCAUCGAGAACGCAAGUGUCAAAGAAAACACACGGAACUGACACUGAUACCGAAGUGUAUCCAUUCUCUGAUUUCGAAGACGAAUACGUUUUCUGAGGCCAUGGAAAACAGCACCAUGUCGGUGGGUGCCAAAACGAUGGCUGAGAGUUCCGCGGGUCCGCUGCAGCUCCUCAACAAAACUGGCGUUAAGAACAUGACGGUGCUCGUGUCAGGGAACACGACCCUCACGGAGGACCAGCUCUUCCUGAACACCACGGCCGCCCAAGUUCUGUCGGGCAUCUUCGUCUGGUCGGCGCUCCUGAUGACCUGCCACCAGAUCUACGUGCACCUGCGAUCUUACACCAUCCCAAAUGAGCAGCGCUACAUCAUCCGCAUCCUGUUCAUCGUGCCCAUCUACGCCUUUGACUCCUGGCUCAGCCUGCUGUUCAUCAGCAACGACCAGUACUACGUCUACUUCGACUCCGUACGGGACUGCUAUGAAGCGUUUGUUAUUUACAACUUCCUGAGCCUGUCCUUCGAGUACCUCGGAGGGGAGAGCAGCAUCAUGACAGAAAUCCGGGGCAAGCCCAUUCAGUCGAGCUGGCUGUAUGGUACCUGCUGUUUGGCUGGGUGCAGUUACUCGAUCGGCUUUCUGCGAUUCUGCAAACAGGCCACUCUUCAGUUCUGUGUGGUGAAACCCAUCAUGGCCAUCAUCACCAUCCUUUUACAGGCCUUCGGGAAGUACCACGAUGGAGACUUCAAUCCCACGGGCGGAUACCUCUACAUCACCAUCGUCUACAACUUCUCUGUCAGCAUGGCGCUCUACGCACUCUUCCUCUUCUACUUCGCCACCAGCGACCUGCUGCGGCCCUUCGAACCCGUGCUCAAGUUCCUCACCAUCAAAUCCGUGAUCUUCCUCUCCUUCUGGCAAGGCAUGGUUCUGGCCAUCCUGGAGCGCUGCGGCGUCAUCCCGGAGGCCCUGGUCAUCGACGGGUACGAGGUGGGUGCCGGCACGGUGGCGGCCGGCUGGCAGAACUUCAUCACCUGCAUCGAGAUGUUCUUCGCCGCCAUCGCCCUCCGCUACGCCUUCACCUGCACCGUGUACCAGGAGAAGAAGGCCGAAACGCCAGACAACAACGCUCCAAUGCAGAGCAUCUCCAGUGGGCUGAAGGAGACCAUUAACCCCAACGACAUGGUCCAGGACGCCAUCCACAACUUCUCCCCCGCCUACCAGCAGUACACCCAGCAGUCCACGCAGGAAGUGGUCCAGCCCAACCAGAACGGCACGGUGGGAUUCGUAGGCGGCGGCAAGAAGAACGACAAGGUCAUGCUCAUCACCUCCGACGACGAGUUCUAGGGGUCGCCGGGACGGUCCGCGGCCUCAGCCAGAGAAACGUCCGCGUCGGCACUCGCGUGGACAUCUGUCGUCUGCUCCUCCGUUACUGAAUUUCACCCGCUCCUUAACGUCUAUCUCGGGCCUUCACCAAUCAGCAUCCUAUUCAGCACCUGUCUGCUAGAGUGCAGUCACCACCUGGUCUUAAGUUGGGUCUGAUUGGAAACGCUAGCUUAUAUUUCUUUCUCAAAAAGAAGCGCAGAACGCUCAAAUUUGUUGGGUCGAAUUUGUUUUCAUCCUUCAAUUUAUUGCAUGUAAUAUGGGGACUGGCACCAAACGCCAGAGAGCUGUGAACAAGAGAAUCGGGUCAGUUUUUCCCUUCUGAUAUAUUGUGAAACGUGGAUGAAACUUAGGCGAAUAAACACACAAGUAACAGUGGCUGGGCGAUGUGGGGAAUCGGGAACACCUUUGGGUGUUAAAACGUUACUUUAGCAGGCUUUUCCGAGACCCCUGACAAACAGUUGUUCCCAGAGACCACGCGCUAACGAGUUAACAAGAUGGAGACUGACAGCUGCCUAUGAACUGAAACUCGGAGCAGUUUAGUUGCUUCGUAGUGUUGACUAUUCCACAUCUACGUCCUCUCACGACAUUGGAAUUUGUGUAUCGCGUUACUGAAUUGUGUAUUGUGGGGACGCGUGGCGAUGGAACUUCCUUGCGAAGCGUCUGUUUUAGUAAUUAUGUUACAGUAUCAGAUAUGGGUGGAGACUACAAGCUAAAUCUCUCAUAAAUAUGUUGAUUUGUUUUUCUGACUGUGCUACUGAAAACAUGUGUAAUUAACUUAAUCUUGUUUUGACGAUAAUGCCCUUUCCUUGUUUAACUGCUGUCCUAUUUCAUACAGAGAAAAAAAAAACCUAAUUUGCAUUUGAGCUUUGUACACCUGACGAUUUACUAAACUAUCUUGUUUUGUCUCAGUUUGAAAGACGCUUAUUGUUGUGCGUUCUCACAAGCUUUUGUUUCAUUUACUUGCUUAGUUAAUUGUUUCUUUACUCGUUCAAUUGUUAAUUUGUAAUUGCUUUACAUGUCAUUCGUUCAUGGUUCACACACUAAGAAUGUUUCAGUUUGCGCACUGUAAAUUAAUGUAAAUAUGACUUCUUUAUUUGAACCUAUGUAAAAUAUUGUAUAUAGGGGCUGCUCAGAGACACUCAUUUGGAAUCGGCAUAUGCAGGAAUGGAUAAGAAACGUUCACUUUACCCGUGUUUUUAUACUAAAGAUAUUUUUGAGUAUACCGUGUUAUUAGCGACUUGAAAUACUCAUCUACAAGUAAAUGGAUCCAGAUUAGAUUCUCUUUUCUAUCUAUCUAUCAAGAUGAACCAUUUAUGGAAUUUGUCAUUUGUCUUAAGUUUCUUUUUUCCAAGUGAAUGCAUCAGUUCUGAUUUCAAAUCCAAAUAAAGAUGUCGGUUUCCUUUAAUAGUUUAAAC